AUGGACAAUUUUGAGCGUUGGUGGCUAUGUUGCAGUAAUGGGCAAGUGAUUUAUCAAAAACGAACGAGCAUUAGCAUGGAAAAUAGCUCUUGUGGUAGCUGCUGGACUGGAUUCUAUAGAUUCGUUUUGGCAAUCGAAAGUGUUGCAUUGUUCGUUUGGCUUCCAUUUUAUCUAACAGUCUCACUCCACAUGGAUAGCUCACAAGCUGGUACUUUUUCGAUGCUCUUCGAUAUUGUGGUAACGAUGUUGCUCUUCUCUUGGUGGUCCUGCAAAUCUAAUCAGUACAGCUAUUUCAGCUGA